AUGCUGUUCUCUAUUGCAAAUCUUUGCCUCGUGCUGAGCCUCCUGCAGAGUGGGUGCUCUGCAGACCAGAACAGUCUCAGCACUUGUGAGAUUGGGGCCAUGCUGCAAAAUGCCAUAGCAGACAUCCCAAAACCAUAUGAAGACCGGCUAUUGGCUCUUGAGGAACAGCUGGCUCAGGAAAGAACCAUCCGGGCAGAGCUUGAGGGACGGGUCAACAGCCUCCAGGAAACCUUGAUGCAUGUGCAGAGUACCAAUACCCAGCAGAGUGAUCUGGCAGCAAAACUAAAAGCAGACUUCUGCAAUGACAGGAAGGAAGCAUUGAAGUUAGGGGGAGUUUUCCAAGUGAGGUCUCCAGUGGGUCACUAUGAAUACACCUUGCAACAGGCAAGCCAGGCAUGUGCUGACCAGGGUGCAACCCUUGCCUCCUAUAGCCAGCUCUACACGGCCUGGCAAGACGGGAUGGAAAACUGCGCAUGUGGGUGGCUCUCUGACGGGUCUGCCCGUUACCCACGGCAGUCAAGGGAUACGAUGUGUGGUGGAGGUGUUGGCAUCAUGAGGUGUGCUCGCAGCAAGAAUAAUGCCUGGUGUUACAAGAACAACGUCGAGGCUUGGUGGUUCCCCCAGAACAGCAUCUGUGACUGA